AUGGGAUGCGACUAUUGCGUUCCACCGGAUCCAGCCCUUGAGCCGGUUGCUGCACCAAUCGCGGCUCCAAUUGAGGAGACUCGCAGUUGCCAGGAUUCUUGCUGCGAUGGCGGCGAUAGCGAUGCGGAGCCUCUCGAGACCAAGGACCCGGGUCAGGAAGAGCCCAACCAGGAGAAGCCGGACGAUUGCUGCUCCUCUGGCAAAUGCGCGGACAACAAAGCCAAGGAUGAUACCGACGCGCCUGAUUGCUGCCGUGGCAAGGUAGGCCCAUGUUGCGACACCUCCUGCCUUGACCGCUUGGCUAUGCGGGAAUGCGAGAUGAGUGCUGCCCCCGAAGCAAACGCCCAGACAAAGAUUUGCAGUGGAGCUGCUGACGGCAAGGCAUGCAGCCAGCAUAGCACCUCUACCCUCGACCGGUAUAGCGCCACUCUCCAGGCCCUGGGAUGCAUCUGCCGUGCGCUUAUUGCUCUCGGCCAGGAAACCUGCUGUGAAAUUCGCGAGCGUCAUUCGCUGGACGGGAAGCAGUGUUCCAAGAAGGCGUCUACUCGCUCCCCUCUUCGCAAUUCUCUAAAUUCUUGCAGCGGCAGCGAAUCCGUUACGCAGGACCAGGCUGCGCAGAGCUGCCUUCGCCUGCGCAAGGGCUCUGGCGAAAGCGUCAAAUUUGCCAGGAAGUCAUCUACGGUUGCCUGCUCAGGCCCUCGUUGCUCCAAGGACAACCCCGCUAAAGAGCCUUCCAUCAAGGGCAAAUGCUCCAAGUCCUGCUGGAUGAAACCUGCCAAGGAGUCUCUCCCCAAGACCAGCUGCGCGGAUUCAUGCUGCUCAAAGGCCAAGCCUAUCGUGGAAGCUGUAGCUGACAUCAAACCUUCUGGAUCUUGCUGUGCGAAGGACAAGGUCCCAGUCAAAGAAGCUCCAACAAAAAGCAACUGCCCCGGUUCUUGCUGCUCUGACAACAAGCCUGUGAAGGCUCCGUCCGUCAAGGACAAUUGUGGCCAAUCGUACUGCUCCACCGACAAGCCUACCAAGCCGCCUGUCGCCGACACUGGACGCCUUGACUCUUGCUGCUCCGAGACUGAGCGUUUCGAAGAAUCCCCUCCCAAAGUCGGCUGCCCCGGAUCUUGCUGCUCCGGGGACAGGCGUGUCAACGGCAAUGAUGCCAAGAGCAUCUCUGCGGACUCAUGCUAUUCGAAGGUCAAGCCCGUUGUUGAAUCUCUACCUAGUGGGUGUGCGGGAUCUUGUUGCGGAACAGACAAGAUUGCGGUUGUCAAAGAGACCCUCGAUGCCGCUUCCGCUGGUUCUUGCUGCAAGCCACCCAAGCAGGAUAUCGUCAAGCCUCCAAAGACUAGUUGUGCGGACUCUUGCUGCUCGGAAACGCGACCUGCCAGCUCUCAGGGCUUUUGCGCCGAUGCCUGCUACUCCUCUACUGCGCCUGAUCAAGGGUUGGAGGUUGAGAAGGACCCCAUUCAGACUAUCACCGACAUAGAGAACCAGGGUACCAGCAGGGAGCAUAUUGUUCUCAGCAUUUCCGGUAUGACCUAUACUAGCUGUAAGAUAAAGCUCAAUCGAACUCUCGCUACAGUUCCCACUAUCCAAGACCUAAAGACGAGCCUGGUUCUCUCACAAGCUGAGUUCAACAUCGUCCUUCGCCUCAGCUCAGUAGAAGAAGUCAUAAAACAUCUAGAGCGAACAACUGAAUUCAAGUGCGAAAGAGUUCAGAACCAGGGAUCUAGCCUAGAUCUUAUCAUCCCCGAUAAGCCCUCAAAAUUCAUAAGUCAGAAAUAG